UGUGCGCCUUGGCCCCGGGGCCACUCGGAAUGCCUUCCCGCCUCUGGGCCAUGGCCCCUGGUGCCCUCGCCUGCUUCCCCCCCCCCAGCUCUGAUAUAUCCCAGCCUGCUCCCUCUGGGUUCGCCCCUGCCGACCCUCCCUGAUCCUAUUCGGCUGAUCUCUCUCGCCCAUUCCCUUCACCAUGACCCUGUCUCGAGUCAUUGCAUCCCCUCUACGAUCGGCUCGGCCUGUCGCCGCUGCUGCUGCCUUCCGCACAGCCCACCAAGCUCCUAAUCUGGCCCGUUUCGCCGUUCUCGCCCGUUGGGUGCGAACACUUGCCAUCCGUCGCGAAGACAAGAAUCGAUGGGAGCGCCGAGUGCCGCUCGUGCCCCAGGAUAUCGCCAGGCUCGUCAAAGAGCACAACGCCAAGGUCAUCGUCCAGCCGUCCACCCGCCGCGUCUACACCGACGACCAGUUCGCCGAUGCCGGAGCCAUCAUCAGCGAGGAUCUCUCCGCCGCCGAUAUUGUGCUCGGCGUCAAGGAGGUUCCCCUCGACCAGCUUCUCCCUGGCAAGGACUACAUGUUCUUUUCCCACACCUUCAAGGGCCAGAAGCAUAACAUGCCGAUGCUGCAGGACAUCCUCGAUAAGAAAAUCCGUCUCAUCGACUACGAGCUGCUUACCGACGACCAUAAUCGUCGCUUGGUCUUUUUCGGCCGAUUCGCCGGAUAUGCAGGCAUGAUCGAUGGCCUCCAUGCCCUUGGACAGAGGCUACUUGGUCUGGGUUUUGCCACCCCGUUCCUGAAUAUUGGAAUGUCGUAUGUCUAUCGUUGCCUUGCCGACGCCCGCCUCGAAGUCACUCGCUCAGGACAGAGCAUCAUGGACGACGGGCUUCCGAAGCAGCUCGGACCGCUUACUUUUGUUUUCACGGGCAAUGGGAAUGUGACCAAGGGUGCUCUGCAUGUGUUCAAGUGCCUGCCCCACGAGUGGGUCAGUCCCGACGAUCUCAAGGAUUUGGUCGAGAGCGGCAACUACAGCCGACAUAAGGUGUACUUGACCCAGGUCCAGGCAAAAGACUACCUCGUCCGAAAGGAUGGCCAGGCCUUUGACAAUGCUCACUACAAGAUGCACCCCGAAGAAUACGACUCUGUGUUCCACGAGAAGAUUGCACCUUACACCAGCAUGCUCAUCAACGGCAUCUUCUGGGACCUCAAAUACCCCCGGCUCAUGACGAUCGAGCAAACUGAGAAGCUGGCCCGUGAAAAUCGAUUGAGAAUGCUCGCCAUCGCCGAUAUAUCGUGCGAUAUUAAUGGCAGCUUGGAGUUCAUGAGCCAUGCCUCAACCAUUGACCACCCGUUCUUCAUGUACGAUCCCAUCGAGAAGAAGAGCCACCACGAGGUCGAAGGUGAUGGCAUGAUCAUCAUGUCCAUCGACAACUUGCCGACCGAGAUGCCGCUCGAGGCGAGUGCGUACUUUAGCGACUCGCUUCUGCCAUUCGUCAAGGAACUGAUCCUCGGCAACGUGGACCACGCGGUCCUCAAUCGAGCGACCAUUGCCCGUGAUGGCAGCCUAUUUGCCCGCCACACCCAGCUGCAAGACCAGCUGGAAAAGUAUGGUCGGCCGAGUGCGGGAGCUGGAAUCCGCGUCGAAGCCAACCACAAGGUCCUGGUGUUGGGAUCGGGCUAUGUCGCCGCUCCUCUGGUGGAACACCUCUCCGGCGUUCAGAACACCCACGUUACCAUCGCGAGCAAUGCCCUGGAUGAAGCCGGGAGAAUCGCCGAGAAACACAAGAACGUCCAGACUCAGAGCGUGGAUGUGAAGAACCAGGCGCAGCUCCAGGACCUGGUGUCGAAACAUGAUAUUGUCGUCAGUCUCAUCCCCGCUACAAUGCACAUUCCUGUGGCCGAGAGUUGCAUUGCCCAGAAGAAGCACAUGGUCACGGCCAGCUACAUCUCGCCCGAUAUGGAAAAGCUUCACGAGAGGGCCAAGGCUGCCGGCGUGUCAAUCCUCAACGAGAUCGGCUUGGACCCCGGAAUCGAUCAUUUGACGGCCAUGCGAACCAUCCACGAAGUGCAAGCCGCCGGGGGACGUGUGAGCUCGUUUGUCUCCUGGUGUGGCGGCCUGCCGGCUCCCGAAGCCUCCAACAACCCGCUCGGAUACAAGUUUAGCUGGAGCCCUCGCGGCGUGCUGCUGGCUGGCCUCAAUUCUGCAAAGUUCAAGAUGAAUGGGAAGAUGCACGAGAUUCCUGGCUCGCACUUGCUCAAGUCGGCCAUGAAUGUCGAUAUGUAUCGGGGAUUUGCCCUUGAAGGAGUGCCCAACCGUGACUCGCUCAAGUACACCAGCCUCUACGAGCUCGGGGAUCUGAACAAGCUCGACACCAUGUUCCGCGGCACACUGCGGUACAAGGGCUACGGAGAGCUCAUGUCAUGCUUCAAGGACCUCGGCCUGUUUGAGACGGCGCCCUCCAAGCUUGCCAGCCAGGGCACAUCCUGGCAAGAGCUGAUGAACAGCCUGCUCGGUAUCUCCAAAGGCGCCGACCCCGUGGCAGCCAUCAAGGCCAAACUCGCCGCGGGAGUCAACGGCGAUGUGGCUGCGGACUCUUUGAAGCUCCAGCGAAUCUUGUCGGCGAUGAACUGGCUCGGCAUUUUCGACAGCGCGAACCCUAUCGUUUCCUCCGAGUCUGUUCUCGAUGCUUUCUGCAGUCUCUUGCAGCAAAAGUUGGUCUAUCUCCCUGGAGAACGAGACAUGGUUGCCAUGCAGCACGAGUUCGGCAUCGAGUGGGCCGAUGGCCAGAAAGAACGCAAAACUGCCACCCUGAUUGCAUACGGCGAGCCCCAGGGAUACUCUGCCAUGGCCAAGACCGUCGGUCUCCCCGCAGCCAUUGCCACCGAAGCCAUCAUGACAGGCGUCAUCACCCGCAAAGGCGUCUUGGCCCCCGUGAGCAAGGAUAUCUACGAGCCUAUCCUGGCCCGUCUUGAAGCCCGCGGCAUCAAGUUCGAUGAGGCCUCGACCCGACUAUCCAAGUGAUUCGUGGCUAUGCGAGCACUUUUGGGGGCGUGAUGGUGCCGUGGGGCUUCCGUCCUCUUGACUGCGUCCUUCAAUACAGCGCUCGGAUAUGCGAGGUGU